AGCAGGCUUACGGAGACAAUAACAGUUUUUGGGUUCUAGAUUGAACGCAGAAGGACGGAAACGGUGCAUCGCAUGGAGGGCAUCAACACGGACAUUGCGAAGCUGGCUACGACAGCGUCAGUGUUGGUCAAUUCGGCAGCGGCGAAUGCCAACAUCAACGACAUGUUGCAGAAAAGCAAGACGUAUGCAUCCACGUUCGAGUCUCGAGACAACAAUCCAAGUACUACUAUAGUAGGAACAGCGAACAAAGGGUUGAUGGGGCUAUUGGUAAAGCACGGGGACGACAUCCGUGUGGCUCACUCCCUCAGAAGAUCGAAUUUCACUGGGAACGGGAAAAAGAAGAAGGAUUUCAAUGUUUUGUCCAAUGCAAUGCUCAAUGAGAUUGUUGAUGCUUCGGAAUCGGGCAUCUGUGAGAGUGGCGAGAACUCAGGCGCCGCAGGAACAUCAAACGGCGUGUUGGCUGAUGAAGAAACAUCGUUUUCGUUGUUUCAAGGAUUCAGUGCUGUGCUCCCUGAAGUGGACGAAACUAUUCAAAGUAUCAAGAACAUGUCUGGCAAAAUGGUCCAAGGAGGCGACAAUGAAAAGAAUAUAAAAAACAGUCUCAAAAACAACAAGCUGGCGAGCUCCAGAUCAAAGAAAAUUGAAGAGAUCACCAUGGAGAAGAUUAAAACAUGCCAGAAUCAACGCGUGCUACUCAACUUCAAAUCGGACAUCAACUACCACCUCGACCUUUUGGAGAUCCGCAAAGGUCUAGGGAAAAGUGAGAUCGCAGAAAUAGAUGCCAAAAUAGAUAGACUGUACAACUUGCGUAAAGAGAUUUAUGACAAUGUAAAUUAUUAUGAAAAAAGUGAAAUCGAUCUGGAAAACAAGUUGUUAGAGAUCCAGGACCGGUUGGAAUUCAUCAAAGAUAUAGAGGUUCUUAAUGGCGAAAAUGUAGGUGAAAUGAAUGGCGACGGGACUCUAGGUGAAGAGAUUAGUGGAGCAGAUGAAUAUACCAACGAAAUGAAUAAUGAUGUUAAUGACCCAAACAAGAGCAGCAGCAAGAUAAUUUUCAAACCGAAGAACAGCAAACAGAAAGGGAAAGGCAAGUCAAAGGACAAGGGAAACGAUUCUGGUAUCCUCAAUGAUAUAGAAGGAGAUGAAUAUGAUGAUGACUAUGUUACUGUAUAUAUGGAGGAGGACAGCAGAUCGUAUUCAAGAGUCACAUCCAGCACACGGAACCUCAGACCUGGAGAUCAGCUCCAUACGUUCCAGGCGCACAACGAGGCGAUCAAUUGUCUUGCCUUCAAUGAACCCUUUGAAAAAUUGGUGACAUGCUCCAUGGACAACACAGUUAGAGUUUGGGAUAUGAACAGGUACAAAUGUGUUGGACUCCUGGAGGGACACAAUGCAUACGUUGAUUGUGUCACUGUCAGUGAUAAUCUUGCCUUCACUGGUAGUAUAGACGCCACGGUGAAGAUGUGGGAUUUAGACUACUUCAACAAAUCGCAUGACACCUACAGUGAGGGCGAGAGUCUAACGCCUUUGCUCAACAGCUUCGAGGGACACGUUGAUGCCAUCACUGCCUUGACCUACAACAACGGCGAACUGGUCACCGGUUCGGAGGAUAAAACCAUUAGACAGUGGGAUCUCUCCACGGGACACAUUCUCCAGACUAUUGAUGUGAUGUGGGCAUCCUCGAUGGCCAACUCGACCAUCAACUUCGGAAGCUCCAGUUCCAGCAACGCGGCAUUGGGUGCUUCGAGCUCCAACAUCGUUGUGAACCGUGACACCCAGUACCCAUAUCUCUCGUGCAUGCAGGUAUUCGACGCCGCGUUGGCAAGUGGUGGCAGCGAUGGUAUAGUCAGGCUCUGGGAUCUCAGAAGCGGAGAGGUGAUCAGACAGCUGUUUGGCCAUACGGGUGCUGUAACCACUCUUCAGUUCGACAAAACCUUCAGUCUCAUCACCGGAAGUGCCGACCGCAGUCUCAGGAUUUGGGACUUGCGUACCGGAGGAAUAUUGGACUCUUUCAGCUACGACAACCCAAUAAAGAAAAUCAUGUUCGACGAUCUCAAGGUGACCAGCGUGGUGGAGAACGAGCGUGGCAUACAUGUCUACGACAGAACCGAGCAAAGACACUGGAUGCUUGGUGGCGAUGUUCUAUCCUCGUCCACAGAGACGAUCCAGACUGACCCGGCCCCAGCUCCUGCAGCUGCUUCCUGUGCCAACUUUGUCAACGACCUACAAUUCUCCGUAAACUACCUUGUCGAGGGUCGCUCGGAUGGUGUCGUUGGAGUGUGGAAUGUGUAAAUAGCCAGCCAAAAUUAAUUAUAUUCUAUAAAUAACCGUUCAUAAAUAUAUAGCUCAUGGAAACGAACAAGACGGCACGAUGAUCGUGGUAGACCAGCU